AUGGUCAAAUCAUACCUCAAGUUUGAUCAUUCCAAAACCUUUGGUCAGAUCUAUUCGAUCGCGUCGAACGCUCUGUGGGUCGCCGAUCAAUCAUCCACUAAUACUACCAACUCCUCCUCUGCCGGGAAGGCGAUCGUUGGUGCCAAUGAAGAUGUUUUGUGCUGGGAUAUCAAGAAAGGAGAAGUUCUAGGUCGAUGGUCAGAAAGCAAUAAUAGUGCACAAGUGACCAGUGUAUGUCAGAGCCAGAUCGAUGCUGAUGUAUUCGCUGUGGGCUACGACGACGGAAGAAUUCGAAUAUGGGACUCGAGGACAGGUACGGUCAUCGUAACGUUCAACGGCCAUAAAUCAGCAGUAACCCAUCUUCGGUUCGACGAUUCUGGGGUGCGACUGGCAAGUGGUUCGAGGGAUACAAACAUAAUACUAUGGGAUCUCAUCGCUGAGGUGGGCUUGUUCAGACUCAAAGGACAUAAAGAUCAGAUCACAUCGCUCAAUUUCUUACAGAAGCCGUUAGACCUUGAAGACAGGACUGCUAAUGGAGCCACGAAUGGCAGAGAUGAUGGGUUGGGGUUUCUCAUCUCGACAAGUAAAGAUGCCCUGGUCAAGUUAUGGGAUCUUUCAACCCAGUUCUGUAUCGAGACUCAUAUCGCCCAAAGUAAUGGAGAAUGCUGGAGUCUAGGAUUGUCACCAGAUCACAGCGGUUGCAUUACCGCCGGCAAUGAUGGAGAGUUGAGGGUAUGGUCCAUCGAUAGCACGAGACUCAAAUCCGCUUCCAGCGACCCGUCGGAUAAUGUCCUGAGAGAUCGUGGCUCAUUCUACAGGCAUGGUAAAGAUCGAACAACUGGUGUCUUAUUCCAUCCUCAGCGAGACCUGGUGGCUUUCCAUGGAUCCGAGAAGGCCGUCGAACUAUGGCGCAUUAGGUCAGAAGGUGAGAUAUCGAAGACCCUGGCAAGAAAGAAGAAAAGAAGACGUGAGAGGGUAACGACAGACGACAAUGGAAACGCACAUAUGGAAGUCGAUGACAAACCAGACGAAGUGUCCACCGCACUGGUCACGGAGGUCUUCGUCCCAUACGUGAUUGUCCGAACAGGGGGUAAGGUACGGUCAAUGGAUUGGGCAGGCGGGAAGGCUGGAAAGUCGGUUUCAAUCUUGUUGGGGACUACAACCAAUCAGCUAGAAGUCUACAGUGUUGUUCAUAUGGAAAUGAAGUCCAAGAGGGAAGAACAGCCAGAAUAUAGUCGAACGUUUUCCGUCGACAUGCCCGGGCAUCGGACAGAUAUACGAUGCUUGUCUCUGAGCUCGGAUGAUAGGAUGAUUGCGUCAGCAUCCCAUGGGAGCUUGAAGAUCUGGAACAUCAGGACGCAGAGCUGUAUCCGAACAUUAGAUUGCGGAUAUGCCCUGUGCGCCGCGUUCCUCCCUGGCGACAAGGUUGUCGUCAUUGGCACUCGCGAUGGCACGCUUGAGAUAUUUGACAUUGCUUCUUCGACUUUACUUGAGACGAUGAAGGCCCAUGACCGCGACAUAUGGUCCCUGCAAGUUCAUCCCGAUGGUAAGUCGCUUGUGACCGGCUCAGCUGACAAGUCAGCCAAAUUCUGGGAGUUUCGAGUUGUUCAAGAGGAAGUCCUCGGGACCACAAGGAAGAUUGCAAAGCUGACCCUAGUACAUACCCGGACCCUGAAGCUUACAGAGGAUAUACUUGCUAUUCGUUUCUCACCCGAUGCUCGUUUGCUCGCCGUCAGCACUCUCGACAGCACAGUCAAAGUGUUCUUCAUUGAUACCCUCAAGCUUUUUCUGACCCUGUACGGCCACAAGCUUCCCGUAUUGGCCAUGGACAUCAGCUACGACAGCAAGCUUAUUGUUACGUCAAGUGCUGACAAGAAUUUAAGGAUCUGGGGGCUCGAUUUUGGUGAUUGUCAUAAAGCAUUGUUUGCCCACCAAGAUAGCAUUAUGUCCGUCGCAUUUGUCCCAAACAACAACGAAGGGAAUGGCCAUCAUUUCUUUUCAGCUUCAAAGGACAAGACAAUCAAAUACUACGAUGGUGACAAAUUUGAGCAGAUCCAAAGAUUGAGUGGUCAUCAUGGAGAAAUCUGGGCCAUGGCUAUUGCUCAUUCUGGUGAAUUUUUAGUCUCAGCAAGUCACGACAAAAGCAUUCGCGUGUGGCAACAGACUGAUGAACAGAUCUUUCUCGAGGAGGAACGUGAAAAGGAGCUCGAAGAAUUGUAUGAAAACACCCUUCUCACAUCCCUUGAGCAGGACGAUCAAGAAGCGGCUGGAGAGGAUCAAGUUGUCGCUGCGGGAAAACAGACCGUGGAAACUUUGAUGGCAGGAGAAAAGAUCGCCGAAGCGCUUGAACUGGGAAUGGAAGAUCUGGAGUUGAUGCGAGAACAUCAAAGAGCAAAAUCUUUCAAUUCAAAAGCAGCCAUACCUUCACGGCAUCCUGUCUUCCUGGCCAAUAACGAUAUUCCCGCUUCCGCUUAUGUCCUAAAAAUAUUCCAACGCAUACCUUCCGCUUCGCUGCAAGAUGCGCUGUUAGUUCUAUCUUUCUCUCAACUCCCCGCGCUUUUCACGUUUCUGUCUUUGUGGGCGAGCGAAGGACGAAACGUUUCGCUAACAUGUCGAAUCCUGUUUUUCGUACUCAACACUCACCAAAGACAGCUGGUGAGCUCUCGACUUAUGCGGCCGUUGUUGGAGGAUGUGCGGCGGAAUCUGCAGGUGAUCCUGCAGGCACAAAAAGCCGAAAUGGGUUUCAAUCUUGCAGGACUGAAAAUUGCGGGGAGGCGAGUGGCACAAAUCGGCGAGAACGAGUAUGUUGACUACGACAUGACCAAUGCGAGCACGACCACCGAAGUUAAGAAAAGAACAUUCGUCAAUGUUGCUUAG